UGUACACAGCACGACCAACGCCCUCGCUCAUCGGCGGUGGCGGCUGUAAACACAACAGGAGUGUAGAUCAAGCCCGGCAAGGUGUAUGUAGUCUACACCAGCACCGCACCCCGAACCACGGACCGGACAAGCAUCAUGAGUUCGUCCUGGGACGCCGAGCGAGGAGCCAAGGCUGCAGUGUGGUUCUCCUUUUAUGUUCUCUGCUGGCUCCUAAUGCAGGUCUCCUGUGAGCUUGAGCCUCCUGGAAACUAUCGCUGGGCGUGUCAGCCUUUGGAUGUCCUCACGGAGCUGCCUUUCCUUCUGGCCUUCGCUCUAGGCCAGGCGACAACCGCGUUCUUGUGCGACACUCUGGACUCAGAAAGGUUCCAUAGCCUUUCCAAGGAGCGGUACCUUCCUGUGGUCGUAGUUGGCAGCGGAAUCACCACCUCCGCCCUGACGAAGAACGACGGUUUCGUGGACACCCACGAGAUCGAAGACGGCAUGACGACCGCCGUCAACGUAGUCUCCACGCUUCUCGUCAUCGCCGUCGGCUUGGCGUUCGUCUACCACUUCUUCGUCGCCUGGACGACUCUUCCGGGGGCAGUUAUGAUCUCCGGGGGAGUAUCCACUCCCGAGGAUGCAACCGCUCCAGUCCGGUCAGGAAACCGAUUCGCCCGGUACAUGGCCACCGCCGUUCUCGUAGCGGCGUUCGUCGCACUCAACGCAGCGUUCGUCCACCGAAGGGGGGACAAUUGGAACUACCACUACACCCUCCUGGCGUGGGUUAUGUCGCUUAUCGCUAUCUUCGACGACCCUUUCAGCGUGGUGUGGCUAGGGGUGACCACCGGUGCGUUCCUUCAAGGCGUGGGCGCGUACUCCUUCCAGUUCUUGUUCCGUUUUGACUAGGCCAAGCAUAGGAUGUCAAACGGCAGUCAUCGUGUUCAAACAGCUGUUCUUGAAGUGUCCACUGCUCUCCACGAACCAGUAGUAGGUCUUCUUCGCAUCGGAGUGUACCUCCCUUGCUUGUGGGCUGUCUUAUCGCAGCGUGUGCUGUGAACGAAAGCGGUCGGACACACGCAGUACGUGAAUGUUAAUUGUGUGAGACUUCUUUGAGCGUUCGAUGGUUCUAAGGGCAAUUUACGAAACUGGUGUCGUGGCGAGCCGCUUAGCCCAAAAUUUCAACAUGAAAAUAUUCUGCAUCGAAAAUCGAAUAGUUUGUACAGUGCGGAAGCUCGUGACGAAGGGGUUUUCUACCGUAUGGUCGAAGGAGGCGUGCAUGCAACCUCCCCGGCACCUGGUGCUGAGCACUUUUGCGAGAUGCAGAUCAAUUGUGAGAUCAACAUGCAACUGUCGUGAUCGUCGUGAAGAUUGUAUUGGGGGACAGACACCAUGGGUUCUAUAUCGGUAGCAAACGCCGACCGAAUGGCUGAACAUGCAUCUGAUUCUGCUCACGAGCGAUGGAUGAUCUAGCAACGCAACGUGUUGCACAAUAGCGUGAUCUGGAUUGCAGAAUUCAUCUGUGAAGCCUCCUUAUGUGUCUGUUGUGUUGUGUGCGUGCGUAGACGUGCCAAGAUUGUUUUCAAGGGCUUAGGCAGGAUGUUGCUACGGUACUGUUGGUGCGUUUUGCUUCUUCAUGUGCUCUUCGUUUACUUGUGUGUGCCCAGCAUGGGUUGUGCUUUUCCCCAGAGCUGAAUAUGUAGAUGGUCAGCCAUUUCUGCCCGUUUCUUCUUGCUGAUACCACACAACCCUUGCGAUGAUUGUUGAUUGCCAGCAUGAUUGUUGAUUGCCUGGUCUGAACGCGGGUAUUGAGGGUUGCCUGCUCUUGGACCGUAGAGAAGUAGCUUUGGAGACGAAGUGACCUUGUGUGAUAGAACCAUCAACAGUCGGCUAUUAAUUGACUUGUACUGUACGUCGCUUCUCGCCUGCAAGACUUUUGUCACAUAGGGACAUGUACACUACAAAAGACAACGCACGGGAUGUACUUGUGGGAUUUCGCCUUCUGCAAACCGACAACCAAGCUUGUGCACUCAUAGCGUACCGCCGGCGUGGGAAAGGAGAUAGCCUCACCACUCCACCGGCAUCAAUUGCGAGGCAGCGCACCCUGUCGCCCCAUAACGCCGACCUGUUGUCGCACAUCUCGAAAAACAGCGUCUGUCUAUUUGCCGAUAAAGUAGGCAACUUUGUCUAGGGCGACGAGGUGUCGAUCCACCUUGUGGAUGAGAGAGGGAAAUUACUGGUCUGCAGAUUCUCUGAUUCGGCGCGGUAGGGGAAUCUCUGUCCAAAGGGAGCGAACAAGAGAAGGAGAGAGUGGACGGUUCGAGCGGCUGAUGUGGUUUCAAGAUAAUACCGUGCUCAAGUUUUUUUCGGGUUGUAUCGGCUGCUUGAUUCGAUCUGGUUGAAAAUGAUCUUGCCAAUAACAUGUUUUCCCACAUCAUGACUUGCUUCGUCGUGGCUUGAUAGUCCAACGCUGCACAAAUGGCAUACUA